GUAUCAUUCUUGCCAUGGCACAUGAAAAUGGCCUGCCCUGAUUACUAAAAGCAUUUCUAAUUCCCGAGCCUGGCAUUUGAAACUCUUCAAAUGACCCACCGCAUCCCUCAGCCAAGGUUCUAGCCCACGAAGAUGGUGGGCUAAUCCACCCCCCGCCCCCGCCAAUGUCCUGAACUUCCCACUGCUGUGCUCUCCCUCAGGCCACUCCUCUAAGUCAACAGUUGUCCGGUAAGACUCAGCGUGAGUAGCGCCUUCUUUGAUCGAAUUAUUCUGACUGUCCCGCUACGUGUUCAUGCCCUUGUCCACGACGGCAGGGUCGAUCCUCCGCCUGGCCCCCUGGCCAAACCUGGGCUGGUUUCCCCUCAACCUCCACGCACUCCUCUAGUUAGCUUCUAGAACUGCCACUGGGGAUAGAGUGUUUGUGGUGUACGAAUGCAGUUUUGUCCUCCUCUUCCCCAGAUUUACAGAGGAAGGGUUCUAUUUUUUUCUCCUCGGAGUUCCACCAGGCGCGUGCUCUCUAUAUCUUUCUUUUGUCCUCCUUCCGUCGCCUGUCAACCAUUUUGAAUCGGGGCUGUCCCCACCAGGUCCCACCGGAGACACACUCCCCUCAGCUUCGCGUCCCUCCUCCCAAGCCUCGGCGCCCGGCGCCUGCCACAGAGCUGCAGUCCUCCCGGCUUCCUAGAGGGGCGCGCCCGCCCGCACUUCCGGCGCGCGCGUCCAGAGGUUGUUCUGUCGCUCCCUGGGGUCCGUGCGGCAGCCUGCCGAGCCGGGGGUGAGUGAGGCGGUCUGGCAGCGCGGCCGCUGGUGCUUCCCAAAUCGCCCCCGUCCGGCCUCAGCCCUCCUCGCCGCUUUGCGUCGGCCGUUGUUGCCGCAGGCAGAGCCUGUGGCGGUACCAGGUGGCCGCCCCUCCUGGUUGCUUCCGUCCGCCCGUCCGUCCGUCAAUUGGUCCAUUUCUUCAUGCAUUUGUCUGUGUGUCUGCUCACCCACCGCCCUAGCGUCCUUUGACUUCUCAAGCACUUACCCGGCGCCUCCUGCGUCCCAGGCCAUAGGCCGAGCAGUCGGAGAAGAACUGAGGCAAUCUUUCUUCCCGCUUAACGCGGCCAGAAUUCGCUCUUGAGUCAGGUCUCAGCCGUUCUUCUUAACUUCCCCAGUCUAGCUAGGUUCGACCCUCACAGCCCUUUCCACUUUCCUGUGUAUCGUUCUUAGCAAGACUAAGUUAUGUAAUUAGGUGUCCUUUCUGUUUAACGUCUGCCUCCCUACGAAAAUCUUAAGUUCUAUAAUGGCAAGGACACGGACUCAUAACUCUCUGCUCGGUGCCUAGCGCAGGGCCUGCACAAAGUAGGCAUUCUGUAAAUAUUGUUAAAUGUGUGGAAAAACACAGGACCUCCUCCACAGGGCCACUGGUGUGGUGGGGAAGGCAGUGCAGCAGACUACGUAUCUAAGAGCGUGGACUCUGGAGUCAGACCGAUUUGUUUGAGAGCAGUCCAGACUACAUCACUUUCCAAACCAUGGGACCUGAGAGAAAUUAUGCAACUUCUCAGUUUCUGUUCAGUAAAACAGUAGAACCUAGAACAUAAAGUGCUGUGAAGAGGAAGUGAACAGGUAGACUGUGCUUGAUUGUACAAUAAAAGCUCAGAGUUUUCUGUUACAACUAAGUAAGAGAACGGUGCAGGUAUAUUAAAUAACAGCCACACCGCCGAAAGCAGUUUUUGUCCAAAAGUGUCCUGGAGGUUCUUGGGUUGCUCAGGUUAAGAGCUAGCUGGGGCCAGGUUUUCACCUCCCAGAGGGAAGGGCCAUAUUUAAGCUCAGUGCUUCCAGCCCUCCACAAUGGGUUCCCUAGACAGCUCUGUAAACACGGACACUUGGAAACACAGUUCUGGUCCCAAGCAGUCGCCUAUGGCCCCCACUGAUAAGGCUGCUUUCUCAUAUUUACACUAUGAGAAGGUGGAAGGGGCUCUUCCCUGAAGCAGCAGCACCUCCCCAGGAUUCUCUUUUGUGGGGUGAUGGAAGAAUCACAGGAACUGUGAUCAUUUUACUGAGCCUAGCUGGUAAGUUUCCCCCAUAAAGCCUAUUCUAUAACCCAUGCCUUGUGAUGUGGAAUUUGCCUUUUCCUUGCACCAUGUCUGUCAUGCAUUGAAAACCUGUUCUGGGCCCAGUGUUUUAAAAUAGGGGUUUUAUUAUCACAUAUGGUGAGGCCAACAGAUCAGGAGAUGAUUGCCGUUCAAAAGAUAGUUUGUUACUCAUAGUUCUCAAGAGGAGGAAGAGGAGGAGGCAUGCCAUGUCCCACAUGGUCAUAUGGCAAAAAUCACAGGUUCAGUCAGGAGACCGGGUGAGGGGAAGUUGGGAGCGAGCCUUUUUUGUGGUUUCCAUGGGAAGGACUGUGAGGCAGGGUCAGCAGGCUUAGGAUUGACUAGUUUGAAUAGCUUAAGUGAUAAACUAGAUAAUAGAUAAACUCUCUGGCUUGUUCCUGACUUUUUGGCAUGUGGCCCUGGUUGAUUAGGGCAGGGGAAUGGUGGCCCUGGAUGUGAAAGCCCGGUGCAGGAAGUGGUGGGGUGUGGGUUGGGGUUGGUGGUUUGCGUAUGAAAAGCACACUUGAGUUUAUUAUCUGUAGGAAUCUGCUAGCCCUGAGAAGGACCAUCCCUCCAGUGUAAGCAAGGCCCAGAUGUCAAAACCCCAGAAUAAAAUCUAUGCUUAAUACACUAAGCACUACUCUACCUGUCUUAUGUUACUUCCAAUUCCUGUUAAUAACAGUGCAAUGAAAGUACUAUUAACUCCAUUUUUAGGAGAGGACAUGGAAUCUUAGAAAGGUUUGGUUGGUGACUACUGUCACACAGCUAUUAAGGUAGUAAGAGGGCUGUACUAUGAUUCCAAACUGUUGGGUCACUUGACUCCAAAGGUGGUGUUUCUCCUGUGAGCUAAGUCAUUUUUCUGCAGUCUGAGAAGUGCCAUGGAAACAUCUUUCAGUCCUUAUUAGGCAUUUGACAUGUUGACCACUUCCUCUUUGAAACUCUUUUUUUUUCCACUAUAGUGGUAUUCAUUCAUGUAUAUAUGGCACCUACUCUCUGCUGUGCAUUGGGUUGGGUGGUAGGGAAGGGUGAGCAAAAAUGCUGAUGUAACUUAGAGUUGAAUCAUGGAGAAGACAUGUAUUAAUGCAAUAGUCUCACUAAAAUAUAUAAACUGACAAAAUGAGAGCAGGGCUCUGAGAGAAAGGAACAUAAUUCUCUUUAACUGUGUCUCUUAUGACUCCUUGACUGACCCAGCCCCGCCUGCACAUCAGAGUCAAAGAACGUUUUACAAAUAUAAAACCAGAGGUUCUGACUCAGGCUGGGGUAUAGCUCAGGCAUCUGUAAUAUGAGAUUUUGCCCCCCUGCAUUUGCUUUUUAAAAACCGGUCAGAGGAACAGGGUCAGAUUUGCAAUUUUGAAAAGGUUGCUCUGGUUAUAGUAUGAGCAGACAGUGUGUUAUUGUAUAGUGUGACAGGACAGUUAAAGGGAUGAAGAUGGUAGUGGCAGAGAUGGGGAAGAGCAGAUUCUGGAGACAGGCAAUAAGUCAAUAGGACUUAAUUUGCAUUAAAUACAGGAAGGAGGUGUUAGGGAUGCUUUCCGUUUUCUAGAAAUGCAGCCAGGUGGAUGUUCCUAAUUCCCGAGGGGACCACUGGGAGAGGAGCAGAAUUGGAGUGGGAGGAAUCAUCAAUUGGUCAUGGAUGUGCUGUUUUAGGUCCUUUCGUGAAAUUCAGAAGGCAUUAUGGGAGUGAGGGACAGUAAAUAGGGCUUGUGCUCAGAUAAGAAGUUCGGAGUAGAGAUGCCUGUGAGACAGUGAAGACAGUGCCAGACUUAAGGGCUAACCUAUGGAACUUGGGCCUGUGAAAGAUGGAAGAAGAAAGAGACAAGCUUUAUGAUGGAAAAUUUCCUUCGGCCGCAUAACAUAGAGGAGUCCCCUGAAGAAUCAGAAUUCAGAAGGAAUCUCUUAGACAAGGGAAUCCAUUGCCUUCCUGACUCAACUGGGCAGCAUUUUCAGACGGUCUCUGCCCAGAAUGUCAGGAAAAGCUGCAGGCCUGGCCUCCCAUGCUCCAAAAGAACAAGAAGGACUUAUAAUUGUGAAGGUUGAAGAAGAGAAUUAUGUUUGGGGGCAAGACCAUGGCCUUCAGGGAAACACCUGUAGCCUGGAGACCUUCCGCCAGCGUUUCAGGCAGUUUGGCUACUCUGAUUCUGCUGGGCCCCGGGAGGCCCUGAGCCAGCUCCGGGAGCUUUGCCAUCAGUGGCUGAGGCCAGAGGUGAACACCAAGGAGCAGAUCCUGGAGCUGCUGGUGCUGGAGCAGUUCCUGGCCAUCCUGCCUGACGAGCUGCAGGCCUGGCUGCGAGAGCACCGGCCCGAGAAUGGAGAGGAGGCCGUCACUCUGCUGGAGGAGCUGGAGAAGGAGCUUGAUGAGCCAAGGCAACAGGACACGGUUCAUGGCCAAGGAAUGAUCUGGAAGGAAAUGACUUCCAUAGGAGCACUGAAAUCUCUGAGUAUACAGCUCCAGCCUUUGGAGAACCAGUGCAAGAGUGAGACUCAGGAGUGCCAGACUUCCCCUGAGAGAGAUGGCAAGCUGGCAAGUGACAAGGUAUUAACAACAAAACAAGAAAUUAUUGAAUGUGUAGCGUCAGCGGCCAUGAUAUCCCCAGGAAGACUUCCUGGGGAAACUUCAUCACAACAGGUAGUUGGAGAAGCUUUGGGAGGUCUGGACAACUUUGAGAAGCCAAAAGGAACUGCUGCAAGGAGCAAAAUGAGUCCACUUCCUUCCCAGGAAAGACAUCUUAGUCUGGCAACCUUCAACAAGAAAAUCUCCACUGAAGAGUGUGUCCUUGAAUGUAACCAGAGUGAAAGGGCUCUCAGUGUGAACUCAAAUGUCUUCACACGACAGAGAGUUCAUGCUGGAGGAAAGGUCUACGAGUGCUUGGACUGUGGGAAAGCCUUUUGCCAGAGCUCGAAGCUGAUUAGACAUCAGAGAAUUCACACUGGAGAGAGGCCUUAUGGAUGUAAAGAGUGUGGCAAAGCUUUCAGUUUGAGCUCGGACCUUGUUAGACAUCAGAGGAUUCAUAGUGGUGAAAAACCCUAUGAAUGUUGUGAAUGUGGUAAAGCUUUCAGGGGCAGCUCGGAACUCAUUAGACAUCGGAGAAUUCACACCGGAGAAAAACCGUAUGAAUGUGGUGAAUGUGGGAAAGCCUUCAGCCGGAGCUCAGCCCUCAUUCAGCACAAGAAAAUUCACACUGGAGACAAAGGCUAUGAGUGUACUGAAUGUGGUAAGGCUUUUGGUAGAAGCUCUGUCCUUAUUGAACAUCAAAGAAUUCACACUGGAGAAAAACCUUAUGAAUGUAACGAAUGUGGAAAAUCAUUCAAUCAGAGCUCAGCCCUCACGCAGCACCAGCGAAUCCACACUGGGGAGAAGCCUUAUGAAUGUAGCGAAUGUCAGAAAACAUUUAGGCACAGAUCAGGCCUUAUGCAACACCGGAGAACUCACACAAGAGUUUAACUCUUGAGUAAGGAUUAUACAAUUGUGUAAUACCAGGGAUUUGGUGAGGUUCCCACCAAAGUGAGAAGUCUCCUGAGAGCAGAGUUUCUGUCCUUCCAGUCUAAGUCAGUACAUGCUGUACAAGGAGAUCCACACAAAGAUGGUUGUUGAUGUGCUGAAUGGGCACCUUCACAGUAAAGCCAGGUCUGGGGUAAAGAUCCUGAAAGAGCUCCUUAUAAGAUGGGCUGAGAGGUGGUGCCUCCAAUGGCAAGGAUCUCUGUGCAGCAAGAAGAGCGUGCAUUUGGCAGCUGGAGGCAUGUGCUGAGAGUCAUUCGGUUCUCUAAAGUGUUCAAUUGUGAGGCUGUGAAAUAUUGAAUCAUGCCCUGGAUCAAUUUAUAGUUCAUUCUGCCCCCUUGCCAGUUCUCUUCUCGACCCCGAGCUUCCUGAGGUCAGUUUGUUUAUUGUGUACCUGCUAUGUGCCAGCCAUCGGGGCAGACAUAGCAUUGCCCUCCCAGAGUUGAGAACUAAU